AUGGCCAUCAAACCCGUCUUCUUCUUUGAACCCGCAUCCACCACCCACCAUGGCCCCGGGGACCCGACGGAGCCGUCCGCCGCUGGGAAGGAUAUUCCGCCGCCGUCCAUGCCGCAGCCUCAUUCCUCUGACCCAUCUCCGACCCGGACCGCAGUGCCAGAUGAGGAGCCCAGACCAGUGAAGCCCUUGGCCGACAUCACUCGCCAGCUGCGCCUGCAGAGGUACCAGAAACGCCGGUGCUAUCAGGCCGAAGAGAAUUUGCAUUACCUCCAGAUCGCCACCGCACGAACUUCUCGCCUUGCCCGGGCAGCCCGCUCCGUGCAGCACACUCUGGCCGAGUGUAUCAAGACAGAAGACAAGGCCAGCUUUGCAAACCUUCUCCAUGCCUUUCGCGAUGCGUGCGAUGACUGCUUGAGACCAUCCGCCGAGUCGGAAGCCGGAAACAUUGCAGAGCCCAGACCCACCACCUCAUUCUUGGAAAAUCUCCCUUCCUCCUCCAGAGCAUCUAUCCUUGACUUUCUUGCCCACAUUCGAUAUGAUGGGGCUUUUGUCGCUAAUCGUCUCAAGUGUUUGACGCACAAGGAAUUGAUCGCUUUGCUGCCGGAUCGUUCCUUGCCGAGGUCGAAUGAUUCCAUCUUUGGAGGCUUCAGCAGGUCCACCUCUCGGACGUCGAAGCCGCUGGGGUUUGUGGUCGAUGCGCAAUCGGAUCUCCUCUCGUCGCAUGCCUACAGCAGCACCUUGGAGGCUCUGGUCUUCUCGACCAAUGGCUUGUCCAAAGCAGGAGCCUACGAGCUUGACCGGGCAACAAACAUCUGGGCCACUGUUUCUGCCAGUCUGAUCUCCGAACAGAAGCCAGGAAGCGAGCGACUGGUCCCUGCAGUGCUGGACAUAUGGACCACUCUGGCUCCAUGGCCCGGAAAGGAUCGCCUCCAAGUUUGGAUCUUGCAGACCCUGCAACAAGGAUCAUUCCUCCUGGAACAGCCCAGCAAACAGACAUUCCGAGCUCGUGUGGAAGGCCGGUCCGAUGUAUCGCCUGAAGAAGAAGUGCGUACGGAGAGAUUCUACAACCAAGCUGCGGACUCCCUUUUGGAGCUAUUCGGCGUCGAUAGUGGCCCGAGUGUCAUCCCCCCGGGUGCUCUGAGAAUGUGUCGUGCGAUCUGGGUCCAUUUGCGUGAGUCGCCUGGUCAUCAGCGCGCUCUGCCACAAUUCUUGAUCACUCGCUGGCUUUUCUCGGCAUUCGUGAUGGAUACCGUGACGCUCCCUGAAGUAAGUACCAAAGCGCGACCGCAACAGAACGCGACUGACGGUUUGCAAAGGCAUAUGGCAUGUUGACGGAUCACUACGUCUCCGACGUUUCUCGUCAACGGAUACUCCGCGAAGUCGUCACCCGAGCACAACGAUGUGUCUUCGACGUAGCAUACGCUUGGUACGUAUCCCAGACACAAGUUGGGAGAAAGUAUCCUGACACGUCACAAGGAAAUACGCCAGUAAUAUCCCGUCAGAUACCACACAUAGGGUGCAUACCCUGAUGUCGAGGUUCAGCAGCUUGUCGUCGAUUACUUCAAGUCCACCCCAAAGCCGUGAACAGCUCAAUCGUCAAGAGACGUUCCUUGCUUUGUCCGCCAAGGAUGUCUCCACCUGCCUCAACGCUCUCUACCCACAGCGAAGGCCUGCUUCAGUGUCCUCGGACGGCGACAAUCUCAAGUCGGGCUUGCAAUCCUCCGCAUCUUCAAUCUCCGGAUUCUCUUUGUUUCAGAAUGCCCACGUACCCGAUCCUACAGCUAGCAUCUCCACACUCAGCCCUCUCGACUUUCAAGGUCUUCAUCUAGCAGGCACACCUCAACCAGAAUCCGAGGUAGAAGCGCAGGACCAACAGGUUCAGGAUGGCUUCGUGCGCGAAGCUUGUCUUGAACUUGAUGAUUUCGUUUCCAGCCAGACUACAAACUCCAAGGACUUGUGGGGCGUGUUCUAUGCCCCAGCCGAGUCGGAUACUCUUUGCACGGCAAAUGAGAAGUAUGCAGACGCCUGCUAUCCAGAAGCGCCCAGACGAAGUCAUAACGGCGCUUCUGCAGCAAUGACCAUCCGCACCUCUCGUCGAGAGAAGUCCUCUCUCAUGAAGGCGUUAGAGUCUCUUCUGUACGAUCUCGGCGUUGGCGACUCUCCAGAGGACUCUGGAGAAUUUGCGAAAGAGACAGAAGAUCUAGGCCAGGUACAAGAACAAGUCGAAAGCUUGUUCGAACUGGCAAUCCAGGAUUGUGAAGCCCGAUCCGAAUUUGUGAGAGCUCACGAUUGGUUUCUGCACCUCCAGGAUUUCCGUUCUCAGGUUCAACAAUCUACCAAUCGGGCCGCUUUGCGAAACAUGCUCCUCGAUAUUGAGGCUGCUGCCCAACGCUCAAAGAACCGCGCUCUUGUCCUCCAAGGAGCAUACGAUAGGUGGACUCGCAUGAUGAGCACUCGCCUCCAGUUGCAGUCUCUCCAGUUGAACCCGCUCGUGGAAGAGCACGAACGUCUUCGCGACAAGAUGUGGUACGUCGCCGAUGUGCGAACGUCUGCGGCAUACGACGAAGCUCGCUCAAUCUCCAGUGCGCUAUGUGUGAUGGGCAAGGCGAAGCGACCAUCGCGCACCCGCAUGGCCCCUCCGUUGCGGAACUGGAGCACCUUGAAGAUGACGAAUACCAAUUUACAUCUCAAGACCGAGGCUCAGAUCUUGGAGAUUCUGAGCGCAAGGCCUGAUCAUGGAGGACCUAACAAACUGAGUGAUGACCAGUCCCGCGCGACGGAACUCUGGAUGGACCGUCAGGACAUCGACAACCUCUGCAGGGGCGAGGAACGUCUGCAUAAGCUGUGUAUGGAAGUUCGAAAGUGCGUGGAGACAGUCACUGCCACUCCCCCUGCUGAGAACACGGCCAUCUGGUCGAACACGCUGUUUGCGCGGGACGUCGCCUUGAAAUCUGCCGAUUCACCAACGAAGCCCCCCACGCUGCUCUCCACACUCCAUGGCGGCGCAGCACAGUCCCACUUUCUGUCGCUGCAUGGCCACCCUCGAAGCAAUGAUGCUUUGUCAAGCACAUCACAGACCCUAUCAAGCAUCAGCUCUCGCGACUAUCUAGACUCCACAAGUCCUACGCUGAACAAAUGUUCUUCGAUGCCGUUCUGGUCGCCUGCGACAACGGAAGUGGACUCACCUUCGAGCGCCACGAGUGUCAAUUCGUCCAUGAUGCCUUCUGCCUUUGAGCGCUCGACGCCCAAGCAGCAUGCUGACACCAGCUUCGUAGCGAGCGGCGCUAUCGAAAGACUCCGCCAGCGGACGACCAGUCUUGUCCUGAGCGAUCUAACAUCCAUACUCUUCAGUGACGGAAGUGAGACUGACCGCGCAUACUGGAGUGGCCUGGGUUGGCAGCUGACGGAUCGCCACUUUCGCAGCCUUGAUGCAUUCCGGGCCAGCAUUGACUCUCAAACGCCCACCGCAGAAUCCAGCCUGCCCGUUCACCCUCCUCUGGCAACUUUCGGCUUCGAGAGUGCCUUCGCCACUCUACUGCGCAAGUUCUCGCUGAUGAGCAAUCCGUCGACAAAGCUGUCGUGUCUACAUGACAUGGACCGGCUGCUCGUGCCAUAUAUGGCAGAGCAAGGCAAGAACCAUUCUCUCAUGAGCUCGUAUGCGCGACCGAGCUCAGGACACGGCCAGCUAAUGCGAUCGAGAACUCAAGACGCAUCCGAGACCAGCGUGAACGGGUUUCGACACAUCUUCUCCAAGAGUUCUCUCCGUCCCAAGACCGUAUUCCGCGACUUGCAAUAUAUCGCGGCUCUUUUGCCCGCCGCGGUCCUGCAAAAUACGCCCGAGGGCAAGGCAUUCUGCAACGCGGCGGUGGCCAUAUCGAGCUUGAAACACGAGGCUCGGGGCAUCAUGGUCGAGACUGCGGACAGUAUCAUCGCGUACCACUCGAACAAUCGCGGCCAUGGCCGAUCAUCUUCCAUGGCGCAGCAGGAACGCGACUCUGCGACUUUCACCGCGCCCAGUCGGACGCCCUCUGCCGAGGACUACUCGCGCUACAGCAUGGCGGAUGCCGCCUACCUUCUGCAAAUCACGGCCAAGGAAGGCGAUCCGGUGGCGCAGCGAGAGUUGGCGACGCUCUACCUGACGAACCCGGAGCUCAUGGACCGCGUCGUCGCACCCUUCGCUCGCACCAGGGAGAUCUUCAAGGACGAGCUGGAGAGCAAGUGGCGCAAGAACCAGGACCCGAACCGCUUCGACUAUUACAACCUCUGCGUCGUGCUGCACUGGAUGAGCCUCAGUAGCAAGGGCGGCGAUUUCCUGGCGAGGGAGUAUCUGAAACAGCAGGAGCAGAUGGACAGUUUUUAA